UUUAGAAAGCGAGUAUGGUCACAUUAUAUUUUAUGUUUUGUGUUAUUAUACUGUCAAAUAAAGGUCACCUUCAUGAAGUUCACCUUCUCCGGUAUUCAAAUUUAACAAAGUAAAAACAUAAAUUCACUUCAAAACAUUUAUUUAUCGUAUUAUAAAGUUGUUCAGUGGUUAUAAUUAUUUAAAAAAAUAAUGGAUAUAACUACUACUCAAAAGUUUAUAGAACGUGGGUCCCAUAGAGGAAAGGGACUCGCUGUGUUCACUAGUGGUGGUGACUCCCAAGGUAUGAAUGCUGCCGUACGGUCAGUCGUUCGGAUGGGAAUUUACUUGGGUUGUAAAGUUUACUUCAUCCGUGAAGGCUACCAAGGUAUGGUAGAUGGUGGAGACAACAUAGAAGAAGCAAAUUGGUCAUCUGUUAGUUCUAUUAUUCACAAAGGUGGUACAAUUAUUGGAUCUGCUAGAUGUAUGGAUUUCAUGAAAAGGGAAGGUCGUCUUAAGGCUGCAAGCAACCUGGUCACUCGAGGUAUAACUAAUUUGGUGGUAAUUGGUGGUGAUGGUUCACUCACUGGAGCUAACCUUUUCCGUCAGGAAUGGUCUAGCUUGCUUGAUGAAUUAUUAGAAAAUAAUAGAAUUACUAAAGACCAAAGAGAAAAGUAUAAACAUUUGCAUAUUGCUGGAAUGGUGGGUUCAAUUGACAAUGAUUUUUGUGGUACCGACAUGACAAUUGGCACAGAUUCAGCAUUGCAUCGCAUUAUUGAAGCUAUUGAUGCUAUUGUAAGCACUGCUUACUCUCACCAGAGGACAUUCAUUAUGGAAGUCAUGGGUAGACAUUGUGGUUAUCUGGCAUUAGUGGCCGCUCUGGCGAGCGAGGCUGACCAAGUUUUCAUUCCGGAAGACCCUGUCCCAAAUAAUUGGGUUGAAAAACUUUGCAAACGUUUACAGCAGGAGCGUAAGUCCGGUCAGAGGCUUAAUAUAAUCAUAGUAGCUGAGGGGGCCAUCGAUCGCGAGGGUCAACCUAUCACCGCGGAGCUAGUUAAGAAGGUGGUUGUUGACAACCUUCAACAAGACACGCGCAUCACUGUCCUUGGACACGUGCAAAGAGGAGGAUCACCAUCAGCUUUUGAUAGAAUUCUCGGUUGCCGCAUGGGCGCUGAGGCCGUGAUGGCUCUAAUGGAAGCCACGCCCGAAACUGAACCGUGUGUGGUGACCCUGGACGGAAACCAAGCCGUUCGCCUGCCGCUCAUGGAUUGUGUGCGACGUACUAAAGCCGUGGCACAGGCUAUGGCUGACAAAAACUGGGAUUUAGCGGUCCAACUGCGCGGACGCAGUUUUGCAAGGAAUCUGGAAACAUACAAAAUGUUGACCCGUCUCAAACCGCCUAAGGAAGCUUUCGACGCCUCCGGCAGACCGACCGAGGGUUAUACUCUGGCGGUGAUGCACGUGGGAGCCCCGGCGUGCGGUAUGAACGCGGCGGUGAGGUCGUUCGUCAGGAACUGUAUCUACCGCGGAGACACCGUGCUGGGUAUACACGACGGUGUAGAGGGACUCAUCAGCGGGAACAUCGCUAAGAUGGAAUGGUCCGAUGUAACUGGUUGGGUGGGACAAGGAGGCGCCUUCCUUGGAACCAAAAGGACGCUACCAGGUGACAAGAAGGCGGAGAUAGCGGCGAGGAUCAAACAGUUCAAUAUACAAGGACUGCUUAUUAUUGGAGGGUUUGAGGCUUACCAAGCGGGUCUGGAGUUGUACGAUGGUCGCAGCAACUUCCCCGAGUUUAAUAUACCGAUGGUGGUGAUACCGUCCACCAUCAGUAACAAUGUUCCUGGCACUGACUUCUCACUGGGAGCGGACACAGCGCUCAAUGAGAUCACAGAGAUAUGUGAUCGUAUCCGACAAUCAGCCCAAGGUACAAAACGACGUGUUUUUGUUGUUGAGACCAUGGGUGGAUACUGCGGGUACUUGGCAACAUUAGCGGGUCUUGCUGGUGGGGCCGACGCUGCUUAUAUCUACGAAGAAAAGUUCUCCAUUAAGGAUCUGCAACAAGAUGUAUAUCACAUGGCGUCCAAAAUGACCGGCGGCAUCCAACGCGGUCUCAUACUCCGUAACGAGAAGGCCAACGAUAAUUAUAACACUGAUUUUAUUUAUAGACUCUAUUCUGAAGAGGGGAAAGGUUUAUUUACAGCGAGAAUGAACGUGCUCGGUCACAUGCAGCAAGGAGGUUCGCCAACUCCCUUCGAUAGGAACAUGGGUACCAAAAUGGCGGCCAAGUCUCUCCAUUGGCUGGUUGAGAAUAUUCAACGCGGCAACACCGGACCCGAUUCUGCCUGUUUACUCGGCGUUGUGAAGAGACAAUACAAAUUUACACCGCUCGAGGAGCUCAAAGCUCAGACUAAUUUCGGCCAAAGAAUAGCGAAGCAGCAGUGGUGGAUGAAGUUACGUCCUUUGUUGCGUAUCCUCGCCAAACACGAUUCUACGUACGAGGAAGAGGGCAUGUACAUGACAGUGGAACAAGGAGAAUUGGAUCCUGAACAUGUUAUCUAAUCUAGUCAUUUAAUCAUUUGAAAUUAUAUUAGACCCACAUACAUUGGUAUAAAAAUGUUGCUAGAUGCAAAAAUUUGUUUUAGAAAUAUAGUAUUAUUAUCAAUAUAAUCGUGUUAAGAAAUAAUUUUCACAUCAUAUAUUUUUGAAUUUUAUUUAUAUCAGAGACUUGUUACGCUUUGAUGAAAUUGUACUAUUGCUAGAGAUUAAUUUUUUCAAGGAAUGUGAGAAAAUUUAUUUAUAAACAUAUUAGAUAGUCAAGUUAAAUAUUAUGCUGUGUUUUUAUAAUAUAUUUUUUUGAAAUACCUUACAGUUUUUUGGGGUAUCCAUUUUUAUAAGCAGAUAUUAAAUUUUGUUGUCUUAAAAUUAAUCCUUCAAAGACAAUAAUAAUUUUUUUAUUACUUUAUCUUUUAUAAACAGUAUCUGUGGCUGAAAAUAAAAACUUGUGUAAAAGACAUACUUAUUAUUUAUUAAUAAAACUAAUGCUUUUUUAGUUUUAGAUAUAAAAAUAUAUGGUCCUGUGUUAGUGGAAGAUCGUUGUUUUAAUCAUUUUUAUUAAUUUUUAUUUAUAAUCAUAUAAUAAAGAAAAUAUCACUCA